UUUAUUGUCUACUGUACAUGUACUUAUAACCUGGUUUCUUGACUUAUAUGAAGCCAAAACAGACAGCAGCAGGAGUGUAUUUUUAUCAACAACGCCAUACUGGAUUAACUCCUUCUUAUAUGCCUACUUUUCUAACAUGAGUGUCUUUAAAAACAAGCAUACUACAGUUUAAAUGGAGGCUGUAUUAAUUAGGGCUAUAAGGGAUAAUUUAUUAUUGGUGGGUUAUGCUGGCAUAGAUCAGUCUAAAUUUGAAUUCUACACUCACUAAAUGGUUCCAGACGCUUAUCACCGCCCACCAGGUCCUGCCUCCCCUCUCCCAGCUCCAGACACCCCCUUCCUCCCCUGUAUCCUCCAGGCGCAGUCCGGAGCCUCGGUGCGACAGUGGACGCUUGUUAAAAGACAGAUAAGCCACUGUGGGAAUGGGAGCACAAAUCAGAAGUAAGAAAAACUUUGCCUUUUUUAGGAUCAUCCCACUCCGGAGACACCUCUUCAUCCAAAGGGAAUAAACCAGAGCAAGGAGCAGGUGUAAGAAAAAAAAUACUCACAAAUGGGAUAAAGUAUUUGUUAUUUUUACUUUUGCCAAACAGGCACUGGAUUUGUUUUAAAUCAGCUUAGAAGAACAGAGCCACAGACUGUUUUAAAAGUAUUUAUGACAUGCUUUAAACGGAGGUGUGGAGAUCCUGUCAACACAGGCUGCAUCCUAGAAUAAAGCAGCGGAAAUCUUUUGUUAGAAAGGCAGCAGUUUCUAAAGGUGCGUCUCUGGGGUGUAUGGAGCUGGAAGGUAGCGGAGCAACAGCACAGAUUCACCGGAGUCCAACAUGGCAAAGUGGUUCAAGGAGUUCCCCAUGAAUCUGAAGAACGGUACCGACAGGAUCCGCUCAGCCUCCGAGUCCGGCUCCCAACCGAGAUCCAACAAGGCCGGACUGGUGUCCAAAGCUCCGGCCUCCAAACCGGGCCAGCGCAAGAACUCCUCUUCUGAUACCGGAGGAGGUGGAGGAGGGGUUGGGUCGCUCCUGUCCGGCAGGAACCGAAAGAACUCGGCUGCAGAGUUGGCAAAAGGGAGUUCACCGAAAGAUGGGAAAGUUUGGGACACUCUUCUGUCUGGGAAAAGUCGCAAAAACUCCAAAGCGGAGCCGGUGUUCGAGGAGCAGCAACGAACCCUGAAGACUUCUCCGUCCGCCAGUGCCUACAUCAGCCGGCUGAUCAGAGUGGACAAGCAGGACAAGAGCCCCAACUUCAACAGCGGAACCAUCCCCGGUCCAGUGGUACCAGAGGCUGAGAAACAAGCCCAGAGCAAAACAGAAACAGUGAUCAUUCUGGAGGACUACGCAGAUCCGUUUGAUGCUCAGAAGACCAGAGAGCAACGGGAGGCAGAGAGAGUCGGGGAGAACGACGGCUACAUGGAGCCUUACGACGCACAGCAGAUGAUCACAGAGAUCAGACGUCGGGGAUCUAAGGACCUGCUGAAGGUGUGUGUGCUGAUGGAGGGCAGCGAGGGAUCGGUGGAGGACGGCCAGCCUGUUCCUUUACAGAUUUAUGACAUCCCAUAUGAGGGCAGCGGCGACAGUGACAAGACGGUGAUCAGCAGGCCUGAGCUGGACCCUCGACUCUCCACUGAGUACGAGCUGCCCUGGGAGUGGAAGAAGGAGCACAUCGUUAGAACUCUAUCAGCACAGUUUGACAGCGCUGAUCGGCCAGCCAAAGAUGAGACGCCUCACCCCACGCUCACCAGACAGCCUCAGCAUCCAGCAGCCCAGCAGCAGCAGAAUCAGCAUCUGAGGCAGAAAAGCUGGACGCAGAAGAUCCUGAGGUCCUCUCCUCCGACCAUGCCGCCGUCCUCCGCUCCCAGCCCUGAGAGCGAGGCCUGCUGUGUCGACCCCUCCCUGCCACUGGAAAAACAAAGCUGGUACCACGGCUGUGUGACUCGUCAGGAGGCGGAGUUUCAGCUGCUGUCCUGCAGAGAGGCCAGCUUCCUGGUCAGGAACAGCGAGUCGGACAACAGCAAGUACUCCAUCGCCCUCAAGACGAGUCAGGGCUGCGUUCACAUCAUUGUCGCCCAGACAAAAGAGAACGGCUACACCCUGGACCAGAGCAGCUGUGUGUUCCCCAGCAUCCCCAAGGUGGUGCAUCAUUACUGCACCCAGCGUCUGCCUUUCAACGGCGCCGAGCACAUGACCCUGCUGCACCCGGUGCCUCGCAUCCACUGACUCUACUGGCUUAGGCAGAGCAAAACAAACACACCUCCGGGCAAGAAUGGAGAGGAAAAAACGUCACCUCUGAUCAGUGAAAAGUGUACUGCCACCGCUGUCCUCGCUUUAUUAUUUAUCUGAGCAACCCUCCUUUGUGUGUUGCUUUUUAUUUGAUCAUGAAAAUGUCAGUGAGUCACUCUUUGGAUGGCUUCCUCUUUCUGUCUUUGCUUCACUCCGAUGCAAAACAUCCCAGCUGCUGUUUUGCAUGUGAACAAGCUCAGUGGAGAUGACAAGGCACUUUUACUGAUUAAAUGUGACUCGGAUGUUUUAAUCAGCCACUAUUCCUACAUUAAAAGCUGCACAUGGUAUUUUUGUUACUGAAUGAAAUCCUCAACCAUUGUGGCUCCACUUCCCCCUCUGGUGGACGUGCUGGUACACUGCAGCAGCAACACAAAGAGUUUUCUCACUAAACUUAAUAAAUCCAUGCACAUGAGCGUAUCAUUCCACCUGAACAAACUUCAUCUGUUUCAUGAGCGUCCUGCAGCGUGUUUCUAAUUCACGCUCUCAUGCUUGUCAGUUUUCCGUAAACCGCCGUCCCCUUGAGGAUUUCCUCUGUUUUACUGUGAAUGAAGGACAUUGUUAUCUGCACUGUGAAGAGUGACUGAUUCACCCUGAUGCAAUGUGCUGGAAGGAGUAAUGGCUUUAACAGUCAGAGGCUACAUUUCGUCUUUAGUUUCCAGCUAAAGCGGCCUGUUAUUUCUUGGAAUCAUCUGUAAAACAAUCCUGAAAAUGCCUGCGAUUUGUGGUAAGAAAACAUAAAAUUAAUGUCUCUGCGGGGCUGCAAGUGGAGAUCAUUCGCAGAAAAAAAGAGCAAGAAAAGAAAGGAAGAAAAAGCAGUUUAAACAUCACUGUGUAAGGAAAUGUCAGUCACUCAGACCCCUGUUGGGGAAAAGUAAUACCCCCUGGUGCUUAGUGAGAAGUGGUGACGACAAUGUGUUAUAUCUACUGAAGUUUUUUAAAAUAUAUAUUUUAAAUCUAACUCAUCAGCAUUUGGUAAAGUGUGUUUAUUCCUAAUUUGCUGGAAGUCAUUGAACCCAGCGGUGUCAAACUCAUUUUAGUUCAGAUGCCAUAUUCAACCCAAUCUGACCUCCAGUGGGCCGGACCAGUAAAAUCACAGCAUAAUACCCCAUAAAUGACCACAACUCCAAAUUUUGCCUUUGUUUUAGUGCAAUAAAGUCCACAUUUAAGGAAUUUUCUUUUUGCGAAACAUUGUAAAUAACCUGCAAUUUCUUAAGAUAAAUAAAUUCAAUUUCUACACCA